CGUCCUACCUGUGCGUACCUGCACGGAAUGUUAAGGAUGACACACUAAGUUCCGUUACUAUGGAUUUACCGUGGUUGUGGAUGCUGAUAUGCCUGGCUUGUUACCUAGGAUACGUCCAAGGCUUAUGUCCGGCUGGGAAGUGGGGAAGCACGUGUCAGAAUGAUUGCAGUACCCAAUGUUUCACCGGAAGUUCGUGCAUAGAGACGUCACCAGUGUGCGGAUGUGACGAAACGACUGGUCGUUGUAAGCUUUGUAAACAAGGGUUUUUCGGGGAAAGUUGUAAUUUCUCAUGCUCCGAUUCAUGUACAGUGGGGUGUAGCAGAUCGAUUGGCGAAUGUACGAGCUCAGCCGCCUGUGUUAACUGUUUAGACGGUGUCAACAACUGUGUUUCCGGAUCGUGUAUCGGAUGUAAACACCAGAAGUUUGGUAAUCUAUGUAACAGCAAUUGUACCUUCUGUGACAAUGGCUGUCGUCAGGACAACGGCCUGUGUUAUCCCCCUUUCUGUCUCAACUGUGCCGGAGGCGUCGCAGAAUGCGACACAAACAACUUUGAAUGUUACGGAGAUUGUAUAUCCGGGUCCUACGGAGACAACUGCCAGCAGACAUGCGCACAGUUCAGUGGAAUUAAUAACUGCCUCACCUGUAUUGAGUCGACUAAUCCGAUUACGUGUGGCGAGUGUAGUGACGGCUACUACAGCGCCACCACAGUGUGUCAGCCAUGCAGCGAUGGGUGUAGCAGCAACAGUUGCGCGGGAACUGACGGCACGUGCCUGCAAGGAUGUAUUCUGGGAAGAAGCGGGCGGAUGUGUGACCAGUUUAAGUGCGAGGUCAAUAACUGCGCCACCUGUCAAGCAAACCAACAUACCAUAUGUGCCACGUGUAACACUGGAUAUUACCUGACGAGUCCCGAAUGCACUCAGUGUCAUGCGAAUUGCAUCGGACGUUCAUGUAACGUCACUUCCGGGAGUUGUUUGAUAGGAUGCACCAAUGGCUGGUAUGGCGAUAAGUGUGAUAACCAAUGUGGAAGCUGCUCUCAAAUCGCGUGUGAUCGAAAUUCCGGGGCGUGUAUCGGCUCGUGCGUGGAUGGUUUCACGGGAAGCACGUGCACCUCCAGAUGUAGUAGUAACUGUCUACAGUCUUGCAAUCAGGUCAACGGAACGUGUAUAGGUUGUCCAAAUGGAAAACAUGGUGAACGGUGUGACUACCAAUGUACAAGUACCUGUAACGACAUUUCCUGUGAGCAAAAAACCGGAAACUGUCUCGCUACCUGUCAGAUAGGAUAUUACGGACCGAACUGUAGUGCGACUUGCUCCCCUAACUGCGUCAGUUCCAUCUGUGAAAAGAACGGGGGCAAAUGCUCGAUAGGUUGUAACGCUGGUUUCCAUGGCGACCUCUGUUUAGAUCAGUGUCCAGUCAAGUGUUUCCCUCGCACGUGCGACAGGAGUACGGGACAAUGCGACAGUUCUUGUGUCACAAGCUUCCACGGGGCGUACUGCAAUGAAACCUGUAACACUAACUGUAUCGGAGAUAGCUGUCAGAAAUCUUCAGGUUUCUGUAGCCAAGGAUGUGUAGCCGGGUUCUGGGGUAACACUUGUGUGAAUCGAUGCGCGAUUGGAUGCGCUGCGCGUUGUAUACAGACAACGGGUGUUUGUCUGGCCGCUGAUGGCUGUUCGAAUGGCUUCUUCGGAAAUUAUUGCAACCAAACAUGCAACAACCGGUGCGCUGACAACAAGUGUUUACAAGACAAUGGGGAUUGUGAAGGUAGGUGCGUAGCCGGCUAUUACGGUCUAUUUUGUAACAGUGACUGUAAGACAUGCGCAGGGGGUCUUUGUGAUAGAGAUACGGGGACUUGUGACGGGCAGUGUUUAAACGGUUACUUUGGUGACAAAUGUUUGAAUGUCUGCAGUGACCGGUGUUUGGCAUCGCUAUGUGACAAAACCACCGCUAAGUGUAUAUUAACAUGCGUAUCCGGUUACCAUGGAGAGUUCUGUGAACAGACAUGCAGUAGCACGUGCGCGACGGGAAAGUGUAUCAAGUCGUCAGGCGCGUGCGAUGGGGGCUGUAUACAGGGUUACUUCGGGAACUUUUGUAAUGAGACAUGCGCAGACGUCACUGGACAGCCGCAGUGUGUCACGUGUGUGACAUCCAACACUGGCUACACGUGUACGCAGUGUUCAUCCGGGUUCUACGCCGACGGCACAUGCAAGAUAUGUAGUGUGGGUUGUUUUGGCGGAACAUGCCACGGUACGAACGGCACGUGCACAUCUGGUUGUAAUACGGGUCGAACUGGUGAGAGAUGUAACGAAAAUUGCCGAAUAACCUGCACGGGGACUGUUUGUGAGACAAACGGCGUGUGUAAAUUCGCUUGUAUCAAUGGCUAUUACGGCCCGUACUGUAAUCAAACAUGUGGCAGUUGUACCACGGGAGCGUGCGUGCGCACAGAUGGCACGUGCAGCGUGUCCUGUCUAAAUGGCUACUACGGUAUUCAGUGUAAGGAUGUUUGUUCGUCCUCCUGCAGUUCCAGCAUCUGCAACCGCGACACCGGUAAGUGUUUCGCCUGUCCGUCUGGUACCUGGGGCUUCUUAUGCGAACGUCAAUGUAACCAAUGUGACGGGACAUGUGACCAGGACUCGGGGGUCUGUAACGCGGGGUGUGUCGGUAACCAACACUUUGGAGACUACUGCAAUAUUACCUGUGGUUCUACAUGUCUAAACAGACUCUGUCAGAAAGCUGACGGCCGUUGUUCUGGGACGACCUGCAUGGAUGGAUACUUCGGCGACUACUGUACGUCAAGAUGCGAAACAAACUGUAAAGAUGGCCGAUGUAACAAGAUCACUGGCCACUGUGUGGGUGAGUGUGCUUUAGGGUUUUAUGGGGAUUUCUGCACUUCUGCCUGUCGGUCACAAUGUUUCCAAUCUUCGUGUAGUAGAGAUUCCGGUGUUUGUGUACAGGGCUGUGUGACUGGGUACCGUGGUGACUACUGUAACAUCACGUGCAGCUCCCAAUGUGGGGACAACACCUGUAACCAGCAAACGGGUGCGUGCGAGGGCACGUGCAUACUUGGAUAUUUUGGUUCCUUUUGUAACAGUUCAUGUAGUAACUGCUUGGAUGGAAGAUGUGCAAAAACGGACGGUGCAUGUACGGGUCUGUGUAAAUCAGGUUUAUAUGGAGACAAGUGUCUUACACCCUGUAGCAGCCAAUGCGUGGGACCGAUAUGCGAAAAAUCUAGUGGGAAGUGUUUGGGAGAAUGCAUAAACGGUUACUAUGGCGACUAUUGCAAUUUACCGUGUAGCAGUAACUGUCUAAAUGGCGUAUGCAUCAAGUCCACUGGUGUGUGUGGCUCCGAAACGUGUGCCACCGGGUUUUAUGGACCAUACUGCAACAGGACAUGCGCAGACGUUACUGGUGACGGGAGAUGCACUCUAUGUCAGGGAGUGUCAAAUAACUAUUACUGUAUCGAGUGCAUUUCGGGAUACUAUGCUGAUAGAAUAUGCAGAACGUGCAGCUCCGGCUGUUUGAGCGGUCAGUGUUUCGGCACCAAUGGCACAUGCGUGUCAGGGUGUAUCACGGGAAAACGCGGGAUUAUGUGCGAUCAGGAUUGCAGCGCCACCUGCAAGGACAGCAAAUGUACUGUCUCUGGCGUAUGUACGGUUGGGUGUGUUGCAGGAAAAUAUGGCGCCUUCUGUGACCAGGACUGCGGGAGAUGCACCUCUGGGAUGUGUGACGUCACUACCGGUAACUGUGAUAGUCCGUGUAUAACCGGUUACCACGGAAAUCAGUGUAAAGAUGUUUGUUCUAGUUCCUGCAAGGACUCGACAUGCGUAAAAGCGGAUGGUCGUUGUGGAAGCUGUGAUACUGGAAAGUGGGGUUUCUAUUGCCAGUUCACGUGCCCGAACUGUGCAGCGGGUCUUUGUUAUCAGGACACGGGCGCGUGCACUGGUUUAUGUGCGGACACCUCUUAUUAUGGAAUCCAUUGUAACGAAAGCUGUAGCGACUUGUGUGCGGAGAACCGAUGCCAGAAGGAGGACGGUCGGUGUAUCGGGGCGUGUAUAGGUGGUUACUGGGGGGAGGAUUGUGCGACGCGCUGUGGCCUCAACUGCAAGACGGGAGUUUGUCAGAAGUCUAACGGAUAUUGUACGGGUGAGUGUGCACUAGGUUUCCAUGGUAAUUUCUGCAAUUCUACGUGUCCUUCAAACUGUAGCUUAGUGACGUGUGACAAAACUCAAGGCUCUUGUACAGAUGGCUGCAAUCCCGGUUAUCACGGAACCUUCUGUGAGCAUGCGUGCAACGACGGGUGUCAGUCGCGAUGCUACCAAACCAGCGGUGAAUGUGACGCCGUUGAUGGGUGCAAGCCUGGACGUUUCGGACCGUUCUGUGCUGACGGAUGCAGCCCCUACUGCCUAAACAAUAACUGCGACCAGACCACGUCAAAGUGUUUGAACGGGUGCAUGCCGGGAUAUUGGAAUACAUUUUGUAACGAAACUUGCGAUACAACGCGCUGCGCGGACUCGAACUGUAAUCCGGUUGAUGGAAGUUGUCGAGGUGUGUGUCAGCUUGGGUAUUAUGGUACCAACUGUUCCUUGAUCUGUAGCUCUAACUGUGAUAAUCUGCAAUGUGACCAGGCGACGGGAAGGUGCAGUGGUAACUGUAGGCCCGAUUUCUAUGGACCAAUGUGUAAAAUGGAUUGCAGCAACUGUGCGAAUGGGCUAUGUGACCGCGAAAACGGAGCAUGCGCAGGCGAGUGUGAUCCGGGCUAUCACGGCACACACUGUCAGAAUAGAUGCAGCAGUUACUGUGCCGGAGGGACAUGUAACAAGAUAACUGGGAGGUGCAUGAAUGGCUGCGUGAGCGGGUCACAUGGAGACACAUGUGACCAAUUCUGCAGCACAAGUUGUAACAUGAGCGUAUGUCAUCAAAGCACCGGAAGUUGUGUGACGUGUACGUCUGGUCGGUAUGGAGGCGCGUGCACCAGUCAAUGUGAUCCCCAUUGUAUCGGGAACAUCUGUGAUCGGAGCUCGGGCCAAUGUUCUUCGGGGUGUUCCAGCGGGUACUACACGGUUUACUGCAAUCAAACGUGCAAUCCGGGUUGUUCAUCGAACCAAUGUGAGUGGUUGACCGGACACUGUGUGGCCGGAUGUAAAAAUGGUUACCAUGGCAGCCGAUGCGAUCAGUUUUGUAGCGCCCUAUGUAGGAACAGUAUAUGUGAUCAAUUCAGCGCCACCUGUUCUGACGGAUGCGUCGCUGGACGGUACGGGGUCGACUGUACGUCUUUAUGUGUCAAUUGCGACACAUGUGAUCGAAUGACUGGAAACUGUAUGUGUGAUGAGGGUAAAUUCGGCAGUGACUGCACGUUGAACUGCGCCGGCACCUGCCGCAAAUCGUCCAAUAUGUUUCCGGUUUGUGAGCGUAUAACGGGAGACUGCUCGUUGGGUUGUGAAGACGGGUUCUUUGGAAAUAUUUGUGAUCAAAAUUGCAGCUCGUCAAGUCGGUGUUUAGAUACAGGAUGUACUCAGGCCAACGGUGCAUGCAUUGGCGCAUGCGUCACCGGAUGGACAGGUGCCUGGUGUAACCAGCCCUGCGGCGCACAAUGUGUGGAUAACGUGUGUAACCAAACGUCGGCGCACUGCACUCUGGGAUGUGUGCCUGGUUACUAUGAGGAAACUUGCAAUAUGCGGUGCCAGAACUGUCUGACCUGUGACAAGAAUGGAGUUUGUACAAGCUGUCCGUCCGGGAAAUAUGGAUCGCAAUGUCUGUCCAGCUGUGCCAACUGCCUCGCAUCUCAGACGACAAGCAUCACAUGCAACAUCAAUUCUGGCAUUUGUCUUCACGGCUGUAACACCGGUUACUAUGGCGACAAGUGUCUCAGUCCUUGCUCUAGUUGUCUUACUUGUGACAAUACGGGCGUAUGUCUCACUUGUCCUGCCGGAAAGUUUGGCCCACUUUGUCAGUCCAACUGUCCAAACUGUCGGACGUCUUCUAUUUCCGUAAGCACUUGCAAUGCUGACACUGGAAUUUGUAUGUUUGGCUGUAAAACUGGUUUCUACGGUAACACAUGCAGCAGUGCGUGCAGCACUAGCUGUAAAAAUGGCUGCAAUACAGUAGCAGGGAUAUGUAUUGAUGGAUGUAGCGCAGGUUUUUAUGGCGACCGUUGUGAAAAUACAUGUCCAGAUUGCUAUACCUGUGAUGAGUCCGGAUAUUGUCUCCGAUGCUUUGCCGGAAAGUUUGGAGUACAAUGUAAAUCCAGCUGUCCGAAUUGUCUAUCGGGCGUCUCCUCUGUAGAGACGUGCGACAAAAGUUUGGGCGACUGUUUACACGGCUGUAACUUUGGUUACUAUGGCAACAAAUGCAAUAUGGCUUGUAACAGUAACUGUUUCAAUGGUUGCACGGUUUCCGGUUCAUGUAGUGGUGGUUGCAGCGAGGGAUUUUAUGGCAACCGAUGUGACAAAACCUGCAGUGCUGGAUGUAAAAGUGUUUGCGACUUCGUGACUGGCGUCUGUGCGGGUGGAUGUCGUAAUGGUUUCUAUGGAAGCACGUGUGAUGUAACCUGCAGCAGUGGUUGUAUGGGUGGAUGUCCAGAAAGCUCUAAUAUAUGUAUCGGUGGUUGUCUGACUGGAUACUUCGGCGAGAGGUGUGACAUCACGUGCAGCGUUGGCUGCAAUGGAGGCUGCGUCGAUGGCACGAGUACAUGUAUAGACGGAUGUGUUAAUGGUUUCUAUGGCGACAAAUGUGACGGUAUCUGCAGCGACGGCUGUCAAAAUGGCUGUACACCUGGAACCAGUGUAUGCAUGGGCGGGUGUAUAAAUGGUUACUAUGGGGAAAGAUGUGAUGGUCGUUGCAGUAAUGGUUGCCAAGCUGGCUGUGAUAUGGUCACUGGUGUGUGCAUAAAUGGUUGCCUUAAUGGUUUCUAUGGCAAUAAAUGUGACAUGAGAUGUAAUGGCUGUAGAAGUGGCUGUGAUACAACAACAGGAAUAUGUAUUGGUGGAUGCCUUGGAGGUUACUAUGGCAACAGAUGUGAUGCAAACUGCAGUAGCGCGUGUUUAAGCGGAUGUGACGCGGUCAGUGGAGAUUGCAUUGGCGGCUGCCGCUCUGGUUUCCAUGGCAACAAAUGCGAGCAUGCCUGCAGUGUCGGAUGUCAAAAUGGAUGCCAGUCAGGAACUGGAUUAUGUAUAGACGGAUGCGUCCCUGGUUACUAUGGCAACAUGUGUGAAUACACGUGUAGUGUGAAUUGCAUCGGCGGCUGUCAGCUUGAAACAAGUCUCUGUAAAGGUAGUUGUCAAGGGGGCUGGUUCGGGGAGAAAUGUAUCUCGACUUGUACGAACUGCAAGACAAACUCUACACAUAUGAACUGCGACUCCAUGACUGGAUCGUGUCUGUUUGGCUGCAAAGCGGGGUAUUACGGCGCCUUUUGUAGCUUUGCAUGUCCAGACACAUGCGCAACGAAUGAGUGUACUUUUGACAAUGGUUUCUGCCUGCUUGGUUGCGGUAACGGUUUCUGGGGUGACAGAUGUGAGCGUACAUGCCUGUCCAUGUGCACGGACGGGACCUGCAGACAGGUUGACGGAUACUGUCCGGCGGACUGUGUACAAGGAGCCUGUGCCUCCGGAGUCGUGGUCCAACCCGACAACACGAAAAACCUCGCUUUGAUUAUCGGACUCUCCGUGGCAGGGGGAAUUCUCAUCCCUCUCAUCAUCGCUAUCAUCAUCUGCUGCUGCUGUCGACGCCGACGAGGACAGGACCGGGCCACUCUGAUGAACGGAAAUAUUGCCUUUGUAACGUCUAAUGGCGGCACUGUCAACAAAGGCUACAGUAGCGGACUGGACAACAUCAGCUCGGCGAGCGGAUUCUACGGAGCCGGAUCUAAGUAUGGACAGGUCGGUGAACAGCAUACUAUUCACGCCCCUGAUAGCCAGCUUAGUUAUCGUGCGGCUGACACCCACAGCGGAAGUCACGUGUCCGCUUAUUUUGCCACAAGCGUCGCUCCGACACCACACCUGGGCGGAUCUCACCUGUCCGCAGACAAAGUCGUCAAGUCCUCGUUUGUGCUUCUAGAUGGCACCAAAGGGGUCAAAGUUCAGGAGUACUCUGCGUACAUGACACAGAUGAUGAUGGCAGAUCGAGGCUUCGAGUUGGAGCACGCGACCCUCCCUCAGGGCCUCCAGCAUCCUCACACGGCGGCCACGCGCCCGGAAAAUAAAACCAAGAAUAGAUACGCGGAUAUAUAUCCAUAUGACCACUCGAGGGUUGUAUUGGACUUAGACGACAAUAAUUUCACCGACUACAUCAACGCAUCAUACAUUGACGGUUUCCAUUCUGCAAAGGCUUAUGUGGCAUGUCAAGGUCCAACUGAAAACAUGGUGAACGAUUUUUGGAGGAUGGUGUGGCAACUUAACUGUCAGAGCAUAAUCAUGGUUACCAACUUAGUGGAGGGAGGGGUUAUCAAAUGUAUGCAGUAUUGGCCAGAAGAAGGGGAGGAAGUUAUUUAUGGUGACGUCACGAUUACAUGUGAUGACAUUGAACGUUACUCGAACUUCCGGAUAUCAAAUCUCAAUAUUAGCUGUAAUGGGGAGAUGAAGUCCGUAAGACAUGCGCAGUUCCUGUCCUGGCCUGAUAAGGAAGUCCCAAAAUACGUCACGCCCCUCGUGGAGUUCCAAGAGAAGGUCAAGGUCACAACCAGUGAAGCGCCCGUCGUGGUCCAUUGUAGUGCUGGGGUCGGACGCUCCGGAACUUAUAUCGCUAUGGAUUAUCUCUUGGACCAGGCGGAAUCCCAGGGAAUGGUCAAUGUUCAUGAGUGUGUGGCCAAGAUGAGGGAGAGUCGCGUGAACAUGAUCCACACAGCGGGACAGUACCAGUUCCUGUAUCUGGCUGUUGGGGCGGCACUGAAAGGCAAGGAUACCACAGUCUCUUUGGAGGAAUUCUCACAGUAUUACAACGUCCUUAGAAGGGAGAGUGACUCCCAGACACACAUGCACCGACAGUUCCAGAGCCUCAUUUCCCCGACUGACAUGGAGUACGAAGCCGCACACUUGCCAGAAAAUCUCCCUAAAAACCGGGACAAGAAUAUGCUACCGCCUGACGACAGUCGAGUGUACCUGUGGUCCAACCUGAAAGGGUGUAACGAUUACAUCAAUGCUGUCUAUCUUCCGACGUUCAAGGAUAAAUAUGCCUUCAUUGCGACAGAGUUUCCCCAGAACCGGACCGUGGUGGAUUUCUGUCGCUUAGUCUACCAGGAGGAGUGCAGAACCAUCGUCAUGAUGAACAAUCCCUUCCGUGGGGACAAGAAGCACGAACAUUACUGGGGAGGCUUAAAUCAACAAAUGGGUUGUGGGCCAUUCAAGAUCAAGGUCACGCAUGAAGAAGUCAAGGACGGAUACAAAAUUAUCACAAUGGACUUCCGGUACGAUGUUGAGGCACUGGCACGGGACAUAGGAGCGGAAGACAAGGGCAGUGUUGUGGUUCGUCAGUACCAGUAUAAUGGAUGGGAGGAGGGCAGACUUCUUCCUUCUAAUCUUAGUGGCCUCCUCAGGAUGAUUGAUGACGUCAGAGAGUGGCAAUCCGCCACAAUAGACGAGAAAGCGAAACCAGUAAUCGUCCACUGUUUGGACGGCGCGGAGAGAACCGGCCUGUUCUGUACCGUGGCGGCGGCCAUCGAGAGACUGAGGCUGGAGGAAAACGUUAGCUUGUACCAUAUCAUCAACCAGAUGAGAGUUCAUCGUCCUCAAGUCAUCCCGAGCAUAGGCCAGUUCCAGUACUGCCACGAAGCCGUGCUCCAGUAUAUUGAACAACAUUAUAACAACGGUGACAUUCAUCUGUAGAGUUACCAUAGCAACAUACUCGCCAUUUUAAAAUGGUGAUAUCGUUAUAUAACAACGAAGUUAUCGUCAUAGCAACGAUGACAUCAUCUUAUGCUUCCACUAUAGCAACAGAUUCGCCACUGUUUUGUUAUAUUGUCACAGAACAACAAAGUUAUUAUUUUAACAACGGCAACAUCAUAUUUGAAGAGUUACCAUAGCAACGGACAGGUUGCUGUAAAAAGUUGAUACGAUCACAUAGCAACGGUGACAUAUUUUAAGAAAUGCAUCAAAUUGCUGACGUCAUAACGUAACUUUGAUGUAUCAAAGUCGCGUUGCUAUAGCAACAGUUACGUCACUAUGUAAUGUAACACCGGUGACUACAGAUGGAAAUCGUGGACAUCUUGGUCAAUGACCAACGAUAAUGGCGUCAAAACUACUGAUGAAUGUAAAGAUUCACCAUAGCAACAAUAUAUUACACUUACCAUCAAUAUGCAUUGAAAAACAUAUCGCCUUAUUUUAUGUCAUUUUGCUACAGUUUCCAUAGCAACGUUGUCGUAAAUCUAUUGAUACUUUUAAGGACAUUUAUUUUAGUACGAAUGCCAACGUUUUAGUAUGUAUACCACAAUUGUAUCCCUAUAAAUGUUUGGUAAUGUGAUAAACUAAGGGAAGCAACCCGUCUUUUACAGUUUAAGAGUGAGGAUUUCUAAGGGAGACAACUCAUCCAUGCCUCGCAUUAUUACUUUUGUUUUGUAAAUAAUAUUCCAUAUUUAUUUUACUGAUAUAUACUUGAUAUAUUAUAUAGUUAUGUAAUGUUUCUGUUUCCCUUCUGUGCCAUAUAUACAUAUUUCAAACAUUUGAUAUUAAGUGGAAUUUUGGUAUUUAUUUUUUUAACGGUUUGGUGUUACUUCAAGAAGAAAUGAAAUCUGCAUCUCUUGUAAGCGUCAUAGUAUUCGUGUCAAUCGUAACUUCUCGGCUUCUUCCGUCAAGGCCCGGAGUUAACCGGAAUAUUCCGAUUGUAUUUAUGAAAUGUUGAUCGGAAUUCUGAGUAAUUUGAAAGGGUUUUUUUUUCAAUUGUUCCUUGUGAUAAGGUAAUGAGAGUUGCUUAUAAAUAUUGAUUUGAAGAAAGCGUAAUAACAACUCCUUGUAGAUAAGUAGGGGAACCAAUCGUGACGUCAUGAUGAUAGAGUGAAAUUGGGAGUGAAGUAUACAUUAUAAUUUAUUUUAUUAUUAUUAUUAUCAUUUUUUUUUUUAUUCUUAUUAUCAUUAUUACGAUUACCAAAUGAAUAUUCUUCCAUAAUUUCACGAUCAUUUCCUACCUGAACGUAUUUGAAGUGUUAGUGACGUCAUCUCUUUGAUGUGACGUCAUAGACAUAAUUUUACUGGUUGCAGGAAGGAAAUUUUAAAUGAGAUUUUGAGUGUUAGUUUUCAAUGUGACGGUCCACUUAAAUGAUACAAAACGUUUUAUUUGUGAAAUAAACUGCCGUCCCAUAUUAACAGUAUUCAUAUAUAAAUAUGCAUUGUUUCAUUUUUUUCAAGCACGAUAUCAAAAUAUGUAUUAUAAUCUUGCCUCGUUUUGUCCGUAGAUUCAGUGAUAUAUUGAUCCAUUUGAAUAUAUAUUGUAUUUAGUAUGAUGAAAUAUCGAUAAUUUGGUUAUAUUGACAUUUUUUUUUUUUGGUCAUAAAUAUGUUUUAAACACUUCUUUUUCAGAUGACGUAGUUGAAAAACGUUCCGUAUGUAUUCGGAACUUUUCGUCAUCGCUAGGUCAAAUAUCACGGUUCUCUAAAUUCCGAAAUUCAACGGAAAAUCCCGAUUUGUUUACGGUUAAUGAUUGGUUUGUCAAAAAAAAACUGCGUUUAGAUAUUUAUGAAGGACUGCUUUUAACUAUCAAUCACCAUAUAAUUAUGUUGCCGUGUAUCCGUCCAGAGGCUGAUUUGUUGAUUAGUUUUACAAGACUAUAAAGUCAAAAAUAAUUUUAAAACAAGAUGAUCCGUCCAAUUAAUGAGGCAUCUACGUGAACCUAGCCAUUCGUUGAUUUGAUUUUAAAGGACUUUAUUGUUUAGACACAAUUGGAUUGGGCACAAGUUUUUAACAACUUAUAAAAGCCCUCUCCACAAAUAUAUAAGAAAGAUUGUGAUAGCGACACAGUAUACUUAUAAUUAUUAGAAAGAAAGAAAAGCAAAUAAGAAUGAUAGGAAGAAAGGCAGUCAUUGUCUGAUACAUGUAGGUCAGCUUUGUACAAAAUUUAAUUUUCCGAAAAAAAUAAAAGUUUUCGUAUAGAAACAAUGUGACACAUAUAUUUGUUUGUUACACGACGUUUAAAAGAUAUUUCUACGCGAAAAAUAUUUUGAAAAUGUCUAAACCUUGCCAAUAUUUAUUUUAAUAUUUUCAUCUGAUCUAUAAGUAGUUAACAAUGUAUAUCUAAAAAUAAUCCAGUGAGUAUGGAGUUCGAUUGUUUAUGGGACAAUUAAACUUUUCCUGUUUGUUUCUAUUUUCUGUUUUAUGUAUAGAUUUGUCAAUUUUUAUGCAAAAUGAAAGUUUUAGAAGACUCUUUUUCAGUUCUUUCGUCUUAGCGUUUUGAGGGUCAUCCACAUUUGUGAUAUCAUUCCGUCCAAGGGGCAAACAAUUAAAAUGUGUUUUACAAA